UACGUUUAGUGCAUAUCUGGUUGUACACAACUUUUCCGCUCUGACGUCGAGAGGCAACUGUGUUGGUGUGUAAGUCGUUAACCUAUAAAUCGAUAUUUCCUGUAGUCGUCAGCUGUCUUGGAUUUUACAGCUCGGUGUGGAUUCUCUGUUUAUAGAGAGUGAGUCAUUGUAUAAAAUCCCAGGUCAUGACGUCUUCAAUGGAAGAGGUAGAGGAGAGUGAUGCCAACAUGAUUGCUAACAGAAGGACCUCGCCACUAAGACGAUGGGUUAACGAUAACCUACUACUCCUGCUGACGUCAGUGGGUAUAGUGCUGGGUUUCGGUGUUGGGUUUGGUAUCCGAGAGGUAAAUCCAUCUCCUGUAUUGCUGACAUGGAUAGGUAUGCCGGGGGAACUGUUCAUCAGGAUGUUAAAAUUAAUGGUCAUUCCGCUCAUCAUCAGUAGCGUCAUCACAGCAACAGCAUCCCUGGACGCCAAGUCCAACGGUCGUAUAAGUUUAGUGGCAUUCGUCUUCAUCACCGUCACAAAUAUCCUCGCCUGUGUCAUCGCCAUCGUCUUCGGACUCUUACUGAAACCAGGUGUUGGAGUGAGUUCAGACACAAUGGAACCAAAAUCCACCACGAUCAUAGAAACCUCAGAUGUUUUCGCAGAUUUGCUCCGUAAUAUAAUGCCAGACAACAUUGUUGAUAUGACGUUCCAACAAACACUCACUGAAAAUAAAGUCACGUAUGAGACCGUGUUAAGGAAUACAACAAACGGAACUGUCGAUGAGACAGUGAGGAAUCUAACCAAGACAGUCGGCAAGACAUCGGGUACCAAUUUACUGGGAAUCAUUAUGACCUGUAUGCUGAUCGGAAUAGCCCUGAGCAAGGCGGGCGAGAAAGGGAAGCCCGUGUUGGACUUCUUUGAGUCGUUGGCUGAUAUUUUUCUCGUGAUACUUCGAUGGUUAUUAUGGUUUACACCUGUAGGGAUCUUGAGCUUAAUUGCUGCCUCCAUAGCGUCUAUAACAGAGCUUGAAGAGGUGUUUCGAGCUUUGGGGGUGUUUGUGGCCGUGGUCACGGCAGGCAUAGUUCUACACCAACUCAUUAUAAUGCCACUCAUAUUUUUUGCUUUGACUCGCCGGAAUCCGUACAGAUUUGCCUUACAAAUCGGUAAAGCAUGGAUGAUAGGCCUUGCAUCGACAAGUACGGCGGUGGCUAUUCCGGAGAUGUUAGCUGCGUGCGAGGACGACCAAAAAGUUGAUAGAAGAGUCAGUCGGUUUGUUAUUCCUUUUUGUGUUACACUGAAUGCCGACGGCAGUGCCCUCUAUAUCACGGCGGCAGCCAUGUUUGUGGCCAAUAUGGCCGGGGUCAACGUGAGUUUUGGUGAUGUUCUUCUUAUAGGCAUUUUAACUGCAAUUUGCUCAAUGGCGAUACCUAGUGUACCUAGCUCCAGUAUUGUUACCUUGGUGAUGAUCUUAACCUCAAUGAACAUUCCAGCGGAUUCCAUUUCUCUUCUGUUUGCGGUCGAGUGGUUUUUAGAUCGUAUCCGUACCACCAGUAAUGUUGUGAGCCAUACCCACUGUGUUGUUGUGACUUAUCACUUCUGUAAAAAGACUCUGGAAAUGUUUGACAUAUCGACAGAAAAGAAAAACAGUCAGGAAAAGCAAACAACCGUGGACUUGGUUAAUAACGAGCACCAUCUUAAUUGAUAGUAACGAACAAGGGAAGUGUUGGUACCCAUUGGGCCGAAAGCUUUCUCAUUGCAUGAUCCUUGGUCAGGAUGGAAUGUACCCUUCCUGUGAAAUGCCAACUCUGUUGGCCUAGAGUACACGGCCCUAUCAGAGAAUAGUACAUGUAGGACUACCUCCUUCAAUACCAGGCUCACAACAUAUCAAUCAUCCCUUGUAUGCAUAAUUUCCUCGUUGUAACGUCAGAUAUAUAAAAUGUCAGAUAUCCUCAAAUGAAAAGUCCCCAACUUGUUCAAUUUAAUCCAGGUAAAGCAGUAACAUUGUAUGAUUAAUGCAUUGAGAUGCCAUGGUCAAUCUAUUAUGAC